AUGGAUGUUGGACAGCGCGCGUUAGACAUCUUCCGUUCUCAGGCGACCGUACAAAAAGGCGUGGGCCCGACUGAUUGCCAGACGCGCGAGUUUGUCUUGACUCCCUCUUUCGCUGACCGUGUUGGUCCGUUUCUCCAUUCUUUCUGGACAUUUUAUCGGCCUGGUGCCUUUAUUUUCAUCUUGUUGUACCCCUCUUUCUUCUACAUUAUGCAACUCCCACCAUCUUGGAUUGCCCUCAGUGUCCUUCUCCUGGCUGUCUCACCAGCAGUACAGGCAGCUCCCUUGCCUGCCAGUGUCGACUUGGUGGACAGGGAUGUCCACGUCUAUUCGUUUAUCCCGGUGAAUGAACAUACACGACCGGAUAUCACGGAGAAACAUCUUGAUGUCCAUAAAGCGUCUGAAAUGCGGCAGAUGGCGGGCAAAGUAGAAAUGAUCGAGAAGCGUUCUGAAGGCGUGAUGGAAGAUUUGGAGCGCCGCUUUGGUAUAGGCCUGGCGGUCAAGACGGCGUGGCGAGUUGGAAGUUUUAUCGCGUCUCACCACCACCACGAUAAUCAGAAUUAG